AUGGAUUUUGGAAGAAGAAGAACUCAAAAGUACACUUUCAAGAGUCCUAAACUAGAAGAUCUAAGUGAACUAGGGGAUUUAGUUGUUGAUCCAAUAGGUUUCAAGGAUAGAUAUAGGAGACUUCUGUCACUAUUGAAGACCAACAUGAAAAAUGGAAUUCUUGCUACACUAGUCCAGUUCUAUCAUCCAUUGUAUCAUUGCUUCACCUUUCCAGAUUACCAUCUUAUACCCACACUAGAGGAGUAUUCCUAUUUGCUUGAAUUACCUAUUUUUGAUCAGAUCCUAUUUUCUGGAUUAAAGGAGAUUCAUAAGGAUAAAGUUAUUUAUGAAGCUACUCGUUUGAAGAUGUCUAAGAUUAAAGCUCACAUGACCACCAAUGGAGGUAUUCUUGGGUUUCCAGCUAAGUUUCUGAUGGAUAAAGCCCGUUACUUUGCUGGUAUGAAGAGUAUGGAUUCUUUUGAGGCUAUUCUUGCCUUGAUCAUUUAUAGAUUGUUCCUCUUUCCUAAUGUUGAAAACUUUGUCAAAAUUAAUGCUAUUAAGAUAUUAUUAAUUAGAAAUCCAGUUGCCACUCUACUUGUAGUUACUUACCAUUCUAUUCAUAUCAGAAACUCUUACAGUGGGGGGAUAAUUAUAUGUUGUGCUCCUUUGCUUUACAAGUGGCUUAUUUCUCACUUACCUCAGUCUACUACUUUUUGGGAUCUUAAGGAUGGUCUUUUAUGGUCACAGAAGAUUAGUCUCUCACACAUUCUAAUAUUGAAUGGUAUAGUCAUGAUUACGAUGAAGUGA